UCAACUACUGACACCUGUUUCCAUUUACCAAAACAGAAUUGGAGGGAGAGGUAUAAAAAUUAAGCAGCAGCAGUACACAAGUUACUGCUUCCUGUCAACUUAGGUUGACAUUAUGGCUUUUCUGUUCAGGCUGGUGGUGGUCUCCUUACUGGCAUUGGAGACAUGUAAAGUAAAAGCUUCAUAUGUUCCUUCAAUGCCUGUGUCUGGCAUUCUAACUUCGGGUCCAAACAAACCACACAAAUUGCCAGAUGUGCAACGCUAUGCCCCAUGGUUUCCAAGGAGUUUCCAUGGUUUCUUUGCCCCUCAGCAGGAACCAGGCAGUAGUAAACCUCAGUUACCUACUGAGUCGAAGUUCCCAAUAGGAGGUCCAGUCCCUCUGUUUAACCCACCACAGUUUCCUAGAAAGCCUCUUUGUCCAGCAGGUUCUUGCAGGUUGCCAAUAUUCCCUGUUGAGCCAAAGUACCCAAUAGGCCAUCCAGGCCUGCUAUUCAACCCAUUAUUGCUUCCUAUAGCCCCAGUGUACCCAACAGGACUUCCAAACCCUCCCUUUAACCCACCAAUUCUUCCUGUUGAGUCCAAGUACCCAAUUGGCAGUCCAGUCCCUCCAUCCAACCCACCAGUACUUCCUGUUGAGCCCAAGUACCCAUUAGGAGGUACAGUCCCUUCAGUCAAGCCACCACAGUUUCCUAGAAAGCCUCUUUGUUCAAGUGGAAGACAAUCAGGUUCUUGCUGGCCACCAGCUUUCCCCAUUGAACCAAAGUACCCAAUAGGAGGUCCAGUCCUUCCGUCCCACCCACCAGCGCUUCCUGUUGAACCAAAGUACCCAAUAAGAGGUCCAGUUCUUCCGAACCACCCACCAGAGCAUCCUGUUGAACCAAAGUACCCAAUAAGAGGUCCAGUUCUUCCGAACCACCCACCAGAGCUUCCUGUUGAACCAAAGUACCCAAUAAGAGGUCCAGUUCUUCCGAACCACCCACCAGAGCAUCCUGUUGAACCAAAGUACCCAAUAGGAGGUCCAGUCCUUCCGUCCCACCCACCAGCGCUUCCUGUUGAACCAAAGUACCCAAUAGGAGGUCUAGUUCUUCCGAACCACCCACCAGCACGUCCUAUUGGACCCAAGUACCCAAUAGGAGCUCCAGUCCCUCCAUCCAACCCACUAAUGCUUCCUAUUGUGCCAGAGUACUCAAUAGGCCAUCCAGGCCUGCUGUUCAAUCCAUUACUGCUUCCUAUAGCCCCAGAAUACCCAAUAGGAUUUCCAAUCCCUUCCUUCAACCCACCAGUGCUUCCCGUUGAACCCAAGUACCCAUUUGGAGGGCCAGUCCCUCUGUUUAACCCACCAGUACUUCCUGGUGAACCAAUGUAUCCAAUAGGAGGUCCAGUACCUCAGGUCCAACCACCACAGCUUCCUAGUAAGCCUCCUUGUUCAGUGGCAAGUCCCUUUAGUGUUUGUAGGCCACAAACAUUCCCUGUUAAGCCCAAGCACCCUCUAGAGGUUCCAGUCAGCCAUGGCCUAAUGCCUCUUUUCCAAACUUUGGAGUCUGGCAAGGUUCCUACAGAGCGCUUGAAUCAUGGAUAUCCAGGAUGCUAUAGCAAAUGGCCGUUUCUGCAAUCAAAGCCCUGCUACUAGAGAGCUUCAGAAGGUCCAGAAGCAAUGAGACUAAAUCAUUCACCUCUUGCAAUAAAGAACUCAUUACAACA